AUGCGACUACUUGUUUUCACAACCGCAGCGCUCCUUCCUCUGGUGGCUGCUCACAGCAAUGAAAAAAAUGAUGGGCCAAUGGAUAUGAACAUGGAGGCGCCGCGACCACAGAUGAAGGACAGUGGAGCUCUGCGAAGCUAUUGGAGUUUGUCCGAGCACACAGCUCUGAUGUAUUGGCACAUCGGUCUUGAAAUUCUUACCUGGGUUGUCAUCUUGCCAGUCGGUGUCAUGCUGAGCAUUGCCCACUCACGCCUGGCUCUUGUGUCUCAAUUCAUAUUCCUCGUCGUCAAUGCUUUAGCACUUCUUCUAGGCUUUUCCUACAAUCACCAGACGCCGGAGCUGUACAAGAACAACGUCCACGGCAAGAUUGGAUGGAUAAUCACGUGUAUCGCUGUCGCAUGGGUCGUGAUGGCCUUGAUUCAAGUCUACACAGCUCGUACGAAGACGCAUUCCUCGGAAGACCUUGAGGAUGACCAACUAAAUGUCGCAAAUAUGGCUCGUUACCAGCACGUGCAGAGCUUACGAUCCUCAACACAUUCCAGAUGGUUAAACGAUUCGGGCCAGGGUACUGACCAAGAUUCAGCGUCCUUGUACGGCCACUCGAGGUCGCCAAGCAUGGAGUCGUCUGAAGAGCAGUUCAUUGGGCAGGACCGCAGAUACACGCCAGAUGGUACGGAUAAUUUCGACGACAAUGCUGAGAAUCGUGAAUUCAAAGGAACUGCUCUGGAUAACUUCCUUUCGCGCAACGUUGCACGCUUCGCGGUUGGCAAGCCUCUGAAGGUCUUGAGGUUGCUUUACGUCGUAAUCGAUCGUACGAUUCUCGUUCAGGGUUUUGUUGCCAUAACCAGUGGUACUGUAGUCUAUGGUGCCAUCGGGCAUGACGGAGCCAUCUUCAACGUGCUGGCGCAUUAUAUCAAGGGUGGGAUCUUCUUCGGAUACGGUCUGCUCACCUUGGGCCGAUGGAUGGGAGCAUUUGCUGAUUUUGGAUGGGCGUGGAACGUGAAGCCGCCCAUGGAAGUGGUGGGCCGUCGGCGGGCGGCUAUACCUUCUGCUGAGUGGACCGAAUCCUUCGUCAUUUUUCUUUACGGAUGCAUCAAUGUUUUCCUUGAGCAUCUGGCAGCUUGGGGAAAUGCGUGGACUGCGCAGGAUCUAGAGCAUGUUUCGAUUUCGAUCAUGUUUUUUGGUGGUGGUUUGUUGGGCAUGAUCAUCGAAUCGUCUAAGAUGAGAGACCUCAUCAAUGGUUCAGUUGCUUCUGCACAGUCGUCUUUGGAGUUCCACGACAAGCCGUGGGAGCCGCCGCGGCAAUACCGUUUCUCGAUGAACCCGGUGCCCGGUCUAGUCAUCCUGCUUCUUGGAAAGAUGAUGUCGAGCCACCACCAAGCGUCGAUGCUCUCCGAAAUCAUUCACUCGCAGUGGGGGAGCAUGUUUAUGGGCUUUUCUCUUGCACGGGCGCUCACCUACAUCACCCUGUACAUCUCGCCACCGACUUCCUAUCUUCCGUCACGCCCUCCGACCGAAAUUAUUACAUCUUUCUGUCUUAUGGCUGGAGGCAUCACACUCAUGGCGAGCAACAAGAAUACAGUCACCGCGCUGGAGUCCUACGACCUCGACGCCAUGUUCACAUUCACCGUCACCAUGGGACUUGUUGCGCUCAUCAUGGCUUGGACCGUCGUCACUGUUGCCAUCAAAGGUUGGGCAGUGCGACGCGUGAACACUAGCCAGUUUGCCGAAGCUAACGCUGGAGUGCUAGCUUAA